UUCGCCGUUGUUGCUUUAACAGCUGAGCAGCAGCAGUUGAGUUCCGCGUACUCGCAUUGCUUAUGUCUGACAUUUGCCUCUUCUCUCAAUUCUCUCCAUCCUUGACGAUACUUUCCUUCCUUUUUGUUGCAGUGAAAAAUUUUACUUUUAGUCAUGAAAUUUGUGGCUGAGCCUUUGAAAAUUAAAAUGCCAUAGGUGAAAGUAAAUAAAAGCAUUAAAUUAUUUAUUAAAUAUAAAGAAAACGAGGUGCUUUCAUAAAUAAAUUAAAAAUAGUGAACGAAUUUAAUGAAUAUUGCAACCGAAUUGGCAUUAAAUAAAAGGACAAUGGAGCAGUUGAAAAUUUAAUAUUUCACACACACAUAUACACAAACAAACACAUAUUCACACACACACGCGAACGGGGGGAAAAUUGAAAGCAAUAUUUUGUAGAAAAAAUGCAUAGUUAAAUAUGCAAAUAUUUUAUUUAUUUAAACAAAAUAAGUGUGUGCAAUGCAUAAUAGGGAAUUUUCACGCGGCAGUAGAGCAAAAAUCUGUAGGAUUCAUCAAAUUUUAAGCACCCAAAACCCACCACCAGCCAAAGCGUUUUUUUCAUGUAGUUAGAGCAGCAGCCCCACCCGCUGACAAACCGCGCUACCCACGUUGGCGUGCUGGAAAAAUGGCAGUGGAGCACAACUUCAUAGGCACUUGGGAGAUUGUGUCCUGCACUUUUGAGGGCAAAACAGAAAUUUCUGGAUUAGAGGGUAUAAAAUUUCGUUUGGAUGAUACGAGCGAUAUAACUUGGUACAAUGACUUGGUUAGUCCCCUUCCUGAAUCAAAAGACUGUGGCACCUGCUGCGAUUCAGCUAGUGUCUUAUUUAGUUGUGAGACAUACGAUGUUAACGAUACCAAUCCACGUUUAGUAUUCGGAGCAUUUGCUGGACAUAGCAUAGAAUUUAGAACAAAUACCUUAACACCGACUGAUAUCUUAGUUUUGGAUUGUGAGAAUUGGUAUGCUUUGGAGUGUAAGCGUCUGAAGGAGAGUCAAGCAGCUGGUCAGGAAAAGGAAUUUUCAUUUGCUGAAGCUUUAAGUGAAACAUAUUUCAGUGAUGUGGUCAUAAAAAGCUCAAAUAAUUUGGAAUAUCACGUACACUCCGCUGUGUUACGGCUCAAUGGCUUCGAUUGCAGUAUGUGCGUCCUAUCAAAUGCGAGCAUAAUACAAACUAGUUGCAAACAGCAUGAAACAUUGCAAAGACAACAAACGCAGGAGCAACUUAUGCCAACACACAAUAUAGAACAGAAAUAUAAGGAAAGCACAAGUGGUUCCACAACAUCGAAUCCAAUUAAAAUAUCCGUAACAAUACCGAUGCCAACAACAGUUGGUGCAGCCUCUGAAGAAAAUCAAAAAUCACUACCUCGACUAAAUCUAUCACCAAUCUAUUUGCAACCGCCAACCGAAUACCCUGGUCUCAAUAUAACUGCAGUUAGUGGCUUAAGCGCACAUCGUAGUUCUAACCUUUCAAACUCCUUCAAUUGUCUAAGCACAAAUUACAUGUACAAUAGUAAUGGCAGCACAACAUUAUUUGGUCAUGAAACUGGUACAGGUAUGAGACGAUUCAAUCAAACUUCCCACUCUGAUUCACACUUGGAGACACAAGCGCAUUCCAAAAACAUUUUCAAUUUCAACCACGACUUCAUGCUGCAACCGCAAGAAACCACUACAGUCUGCAAUACUAGACGACCACCUUUAUCACCAUACCGGGCACGUAGCCCUUCACCAUUUCCAAGUUCAAUGGAUACACCGCCUUCAUCACCACUUACACCAGUCGGUGUGCUUUAUAAUUUACCUUCUUUUCUUCUCACGCCAAUUUUACACUGGCUUUAUACCGAAUCAUUGUUGCCAGAGAUGGAUGAGGAUGUUUGCGAGAAAUUAAUCAAUUUUGCUGAAACUCAACCUUCGCUAACAAAAAUGGUAGAACCCACAAGGAAAUAUCUCAAAUUGAUAAGGCUCAAGAAAUUUGUUAUUAAUAUUAUAAUGGACUUGCAUGGUAUUUUAAAUCGCAUUAUACAAACAAUUAAUCCCGUCACCAUAUCAAAUGAACCCGCCACGUUAUAUGCGACCUUUCAGGAUUGUUUAAGAGAAUGUGCAAUUGGAUGUGCCAAAGUUUUGCAGUUUUGCAAUAUAUUCAUAAAGGAUGCCGCUGAUAUAUCCAGAUAUCAGAAGAAUGAGAUUAUUAAAUAUAUACGCACACGUAUACCUAUUUUUAUGUCUCAAGUUCAGCAAUUACUUAGAAAUAUUUUAAAUGUUUUUAUUAGUUUAACUGCUGAGGAAAAAGCGGAUUUAGUCAACUAUUUAGUACCUGAAAUUGAAACCACAUUAUUAAGUUUAACUAAUGUGAUAGAGGAAAUCAAAAACUCUCUUGAAAAAAUGUGCAAAGACUUAAAAUGCUCACAUUUAGAUUUAUCGAAAAAGCAAAAAACGGAUGAAGUCGUAGCUAUGCAAAUACAAAAUAAUACAUUUAUAACCGCCAGUAGUACUUUAGAUGAGAAUAGUGUCACGAAUUUGUUUAGUCAAUAUAAUCCUCAACUUCUAGCUGUUUGA